AUGAAAAUGUCAACAAACAUUAAUAAUAAUUUGAUUCAACAAGAAAAUGAAAUCCUUGCUCUCGAAGCAAUAUAUCCACAAAAUUUCAUAUAUGAAAAAAAUGAUCCACACUAUAAAGGAUCGUUAACCAUUCAAGUGUCAAUGUCGGACGAAAUCACUAUUGAUACAUUAUUACUUGGAAAUAGUGUAAAUGAUUCGACUGAUUUGGUUGUAAGACUUGCAUCUAAAGCACCAUGGAAUGUCAACACAUCAGCACUUACAUUUUUAUACAAUGCAUUAAAGGAUCAAACAUACAUGAAAAACACAUGGAAGCUUACACCAAAAUGGCGUUUGGAAUUAAUAGAAAAUUCUUUGGUGGCAGUAGUAAAAAAACUUAUUAAUAAUAACAAUAAACAAAAUAAUCUGAUGACGGUGACAUUUUAUGGAAAUUCUAUGUAUGCAAACAAUCGGAAUUGA